AUGGCUUUCGCCUUCUUCCUCUCUGCCGUGACCCUUCGUGGGCUAUCAUGGCUUUCCCUUCUUCUUCCUCUCUGCCGUGACCCUUCAGGACGUGGGCUAUCAUGGCUUUCCACUUCUUCUUCCCUCUCUGCCGUGACCCUUCAGGCUACACUCUUCUUCCCCUCUAGGCUAUCAGGCUUUAUCACUUGUGGGCUAUCUGGCUUUCCACUUCUUCUUCCUCUCUGCCGUGACCCUUCCCAGCCAGGCUAUCAUGGCUUUCACUUCUUCUUCCUCUCUGCCGUGACCCUUCAGGGGUGGGUGGGCUAUCUCUGCCGUGACCCUUUGGGCUAUCCUUCUUUCUUCCUCUCUGCCGUGACCCUUCAGGAGGUGGGCUAUCAUGGCUUUCACUUCUUCUUCCUCUCUGCCGUGACCCUUCAGGGGUGGGCUAUCAUGGCUCCCUUCUUCUUCCUCUCUGUUGACCCUUCAUGGGCUAUCAUUCUUUCACUUCUUCUUCCUCUCGUGACCCUUCGCUAUCAUGGCUUUCACUUCUUCUUCCUCUCUGCCGUGACCCUUCGGACUUCUUCUUCCUCUCUGCAGGACGUAGGCUAUCAUGGCUUUCACUUCUUCUUCCUCUCUGCCGUGACCCUUCAGGAUGGCUCACUUCUUCUUCCUCUCUGCCGUGACCCUUCAAGUGGGUGGGCUAUCAUGGCUUUCCACUUCUUCUUCCUCUCUGCCGUGACCCUUCAGGACCUUUCCUUCUUCUUCCUCUGCCGUGACCCUUCAUGGGCUAUCAUGGCUUUCCACUUCUUCUUCCCCUCUGCCGUGACCCUUGGGGGUGGUGGCUAUCAUGGCUUUUUCUUCUUCUUCCUCUCUGCCGUGACCCUUCAGGACCUUUCACUUCUUCUUCCCCUCUCUGCCGUGACCCUUCAGGGUGGGCUAUCAUGGCUUUCACUUCUUCUUCCUCUGCCCGACGUGGGCUAUCGCUUUCCACUUCUUCCUCUCUGCCGUGACCCUUCGCUGGUUAUCAUGGCUUUUCCACUUCUUCUUCCUCUCUGCCGUGACCCUUCAUGGGCUAUCAUGGCUUUCCACUUCUUCUUCCUCUCUGCCGUGACCCUUCAGUACGACGUGGGCUAUCAUGGCUUCCACUUCUUCUUCCUCUCUGCCGUGACCCUUUCAGGCCGUGGCUUUCACUUCCCUCUCUGCCGGACCCUUCUGGACGUGGGCUAUCAUAGCUUUCCACUUCUUCUUCCUCUCUGCCGACGUGGAGGCUAUCAUGGCUUUCCCUUCUUCUUCCUCUCUGCCGUGACCCUUCCAGGACGUGGGCUAUCAUGGCUUUCACUUCUUCUUCCCUCUGCCGUGACCCUUGGGCUAUCAUGGCUUUCCUUCUUCUUCCUCUCUGCCGUGACCCUUCAGGAGGCUAUCAUGAUUUCCUUCUUCUUCCUCUCUGCCGUGACCCUUCAGGAUCGUGGGCUAUCAUGGCUUUCUUCUUCUUCUCUCUGCCGUGACCCCCGUGGGCUAUCAGCUUUCCAAUUCUUCUUCCUCUCUGCCGUGACCCCUUCAGGGAGGCCUCAUGGCUUUCCCUUCUUCUUCCUCUGUGGGACCCUUAUCACCUGGCUUUCCACUACUUCUUUCUUGACCCUUCUCUGGGCUAUCAUGGCUUUCACUUCUUCUUCCUCUCUGCAGACGUGGGCUUCAUGGCUUCUUCUUCCUCUCUACCGUGACCCUUCAGGAGGUGGUUGGGCUUUCACUUCUUCUUCCUCUCUCCUCUCUGCCGUGACCCUUCAGGCUAUCAUGGCUUUCCACUUCUUCUUCCCUCUCUACCCUUCAGGACGUUCUGCCGUGGGGCUAUGGGCUCCACUUCUUCUCCUCUCUGCCGUGACCCUUCCAGGAAGGUGGGCUAUCAUGGCUCACUUCUUCUUCCUCUCUGCCGUGACCCUUCAGGACGUGGGCUAUCAUGGCUUUCCUUUCUUCUUCUCUCUGCCUGACCCUUGCCAGGGCUAUCAUGGCUUUCACUUCUUCUUCUCUCUGCCGACAGCCUUGGGCUAUCAGGCUUUCCACUUCUUCUUCCCUCUCUGCCGUGACCCUUCAGCUAUCAUGGCUUUCAACUUCUUCUUCCUGGGCUGA